AUGGCGGAUAGAUAUUCUUUCUCCUUGACAACCUUCUCUCCCAGUGGGAAAUUGGUUCAAAUAGAAUAUGCAUUAAAUGCCGUCAACCAAGGUGUUACCUCAUUAGGAAUCAAAGCUACCAACGGCAUUGUCCUCGCCACGGAGAAGAAGUCCUCAUCAACCCUCAUCGAUCCCCCCUCCCUUUCAAAAGUCUCUCUUAUCACUCCAAACAUCGGCAUGGUCUACUCCGGCAUGGGACCUGAUUACCGCGUGCUUGUCGAUAAGGCCCGCAAAGUAUCCCAUACUGGCUACAAGCGCAUUUACAACGAAUACCCACCAACCCGUAUAUUAGUACAAGACGUUGCGCGGGUGAUGCAAGAAGCUACGCAAUCGGGAGGUGUACGACCAUAUGGUGUCAGUUUGUUGAUCGCAGGUUGGGAUGAUGGAAUUGAGCCAGAAUCGGAGGAUGUUGCCGGUGCAGAAAUGCAUCCAGAUGAAAAGAAGCCAUCGGGCAAGACUGGUGGUAUUUUGAAGGGUGGACCUAUGUUAUACCAAGUCGAUCCUAGUGGUAGUUACUUUCCAUGGAAGGCGACUGCCAUUGGAAAGAAUGCUACUUCAGCAAAGACUUUCUUGGAAAAGAGAUACACCGAGGGAUUGGAGUUGGAAGACGCUGUACACAUCGCUCUGUUGACGUUGAAGGAGACCAUUGAAGGAGAGAUGAAUGGCGAUACAGUGGAGAUUGGUAUUGUAGGACCACCAGCCGAUCAUUUAAUGGGCAUUGAGGGAGUCGAAGGUGCUCAAGGCCCACGUUUUAGAAAACUGAGCCCUCAAGAAAUUGAGGACUACCUUACGAAUCUAUGA